AUGACUGGUACAGAUUCUGUAUCUCUUAUGGGAGAAUCUUCUAAAUAUCUGGAUCAGGAGGUAUAUGCGGAGGACGAGGGCCUGAUAUCAGGGGAUGAUCUGAUCCCAGAAGACAUCAACUUUGCUCAUUCGCUUUUGAAGAAAAGACGACUCCUGAAAAAGGGAUUAGUAGAACGACAGAGAGCAAAAGAUCCAGCUGGAGUCUUGUUUCGCUACAAGAAGAUUCUUCUUACAUACCAGAGGCUUAAGAAUAUGACUAAGGCCUUUGAAAUCCAUGGGGUAGACCGCAACACUGUGGCUUCUACUACCCCAAUAGCGGAACUCCUCCUAGUGGCCCCUGAAAAACUGGUUGAACGGUUUGGGAAUCCUUAUAAUCUUCUUUUGGAACAAAGUAUCGGCCAGCUGGUCUGUGUGGGUUUGGAGGUUUCUUACAAUUGCUAG